AAAAUCAUCCUUUCAUAGACCGUAGCCAGCCAAACGAAUGACGAAUGGCGGAUGCUUAACAGAAUUAGCUGAUAUUCGCAAAAAUCUCAAAAGUUGUGUACAACCACUUGUGUAUCAGCAAAUAAUUGUGUUUUAUAGCAAUAUGACUCAGAAAUUGAAUCACUUUUAGAAAUAUUCAUUCAUGAACACCGUCUUUUUCUUCAAGAUAACUAAGCAAAGAUAAGCUCGAAAAGGAAAAAGUCAGUUUGCCUUAUCAGGAUCCUUGGAUAACUACACUUACGAUUGUUCUCGACUGGAAUUGUCUAGGUGCUUGUACAGGAAUUUUGACCGGAUUUCGAGCCGACUGAGUCGGUGAAAAUUGCUUCAGCUUAGCUUCAAAAACAGUGACAAAUAAGCUGAUAUAUUCGACUGGCUGCUUCUCUAAUCCUUAAUGUUAAAAGGCUUUUCUUGUUAUUUGUGUUAUCCAAGUUACGAUAAUAUUUAAAGUAGCAAUUUACUGCAUUUUUAUUUUGUGAUUUGCCAUAAACUUUAACAUGGAUAAGAAAUCGAAAAAAGGCGGACCAAAAAAGCCUGAUGUGCCUGAUCGUCCUGAUCGCGAGUCUCAAGAUUUGCGAGAAUCCCAAAAUCCACAAAAUUUACCCGAAGGGACGCCAAUUCUGAAUAUAGGAAGAGCUGAUCUCGAUCCAUUUGCUGGUGAAGCUGGAACUGGGAUGAUUUUUGAUCCAAAUGAUCCUCGACAUUUCACUAUACCAAACGUUCCUGGUGGACCUCCUAAUUUCAGACCACCGCCUUCCGGUAUGGUUCAUCCACCACCUCCGGGUGCACGUUUCGACCCAUUCGGUCCUGGUGGUAAUCCUGGACGUGCCUUUAGAGGUCCCAGGCCUGGACCCACACCCGGUCCUGGACAGGGUUCACCUGAUCCUGAUCAUAUGAGAUCUUGGAAUUAUGAUGGUUCACCGAUGUAAAGCAGGCGCUAUCCAAUAUUAUUUUUCCAAUUUGUUACAUUUUUCAAGAGCAAUUGUCAUUCCCCUAAAACACUGUAAAUUUAACUUGAAAAAUUUCAGUCAUUUUGUGUUUAUUUUUAUCACACACUCGUCCGAUUUUAUCGAUAUAAACUUGAUUUCAAUAAUA